AUGCUUAUCAUAUCUGUCCAGGCCAUGAACACCUACAAAUCUGCCACGCACAGAUCCAACCUUGUCGUAUUGGCCGAGGCUCAAGCCACCAAAAUUCGGAUUGAUCACUUUGGGAAGGACGUCACGGCAAGGGGGCACUCUUCUGACCCUCAAGCUCUUGAGUUGAGUGGUACCAGCAACAGCAACGUCUUGCAGAAGCACAAGAUCACUCCCAAUGCCGAUCUCCUUGGGGCUGGGGAGAACUGCCAAGAUCGUGUUUCGGCUUCGACUACAUACGAAGUAAAGAAAGCUGCCAAAGCUCGAUACGGAAAGGCUCGUGACAGACCACUUAAUGCUUCCCACUCCAUGCUAUCGCAUAUCGACUUGUACUUCCUUGCUAGCUCUGCCAAGAUUGUGCAUAUGCACAGGUGGCUGUGGGAGGAUGUGAGGAAGGAGAUACAUAUGGUGCUUACGAAGGAGCAGUACAGGAUCGAAGAGCUAUCGCUGAGGAAGAAGAUGAGUGACGUCGAAAUGCUUCCGCAUCCAGGCAAGUAUACUAUUCGGGACUUUUCCAAGAGUCGUGCUGACCGUGUGGUCCAGCAGAACCGAAUAAUAGAUUGUCACGCCCAGCACCUAAACACCUCGGACUCCGUUUUGCCUCCAGCUAUGGAUGCUAACUACCUAUCCAAGCAGGUAGACCGGAGCAUUCUCGUUGAGUCGGUCAAGUUCGCGGAUAAGCUUGCCAAGGCCGAACCAUUGGCUACGAUACUUGUCGCCCGUCAGGGCCCCAGUCCAGAUAGGGAGUCGGACAAAGUCAUCACCAAGCGAGCCAAGGGCAAUAACCGAACUUCGCACCACCCGAUUGGAACUGCGGUGAUGGCAUCCGAGUCGUUUGGAGGUGUGAUGGAUGAGAUGCCGAAGGUGUAUGGAACGAGUAGUCUGCGAGUGAUGAGCGCCAGUGUCAUCCUGGUGCACCUUGCUGUUCAGCUGCACCAUACUGUCUACGGUAUUGCGGAAAGGGCAACUGACGUUAUCAAGAGUGGCUCGGGAUUCUAG